GCAAACCUGCCCAGCUCAUCACAGCACACACGCCUCAGAUCUCCCUGGAGCAGCUGCCAGAGGGGCUGAACUUCCCUGUUUCCUGCUGUGCUGCCCAGAUCCUGCUCCAUGACGGCAGAGGCUGGUGGAAACCCACAUCUCUGUGGUUCUGCGUGAGAUCCUCAUCCCGCUCGCCCACGGCCUCUCCCUGCGCCAGCCCCUGCCUGCAGCGCUGCAUCACCACCCACCAGAUGUGCAAGUGGUUGCAAAGAGCUCCCCUCCCUGAGCACAGGUGCUCUCUGUCAAGAAAAAAAAUGGUGAACUUGGAAACCAGCUGGAGAUUGCAAAGUCUCCUUUCCCUUGAGGUUGGUGGUCAAUGGUCGUCAUCUACCACACCUAAGGACACUAGAAGAGCUCCACGCUAACUUCUGUAAGGUCUGCUUCACUAUGGAAGAUCAAAUGAUUUUCUGGCUCAGGUUUCGUGAUGUUCGGCAUCUGCCUUGGACCUGGAAUUUGGAAAAGGGAUCGUCUCUGAGGCACGGUUAAAAGACAGAGAAACCAGCCCCAGACAAUGAGCACUUUAAGUAGCACUGGAAUAUUACUCAGCUUAACAACAGUGUCUGUUACACUGGAUUUUAGUUUGCACAGUGGUCUGAUGGCUUGGUCCUUAAGCAGCAAUUUGACUCUGAACCAGAGUUUGCCUACAUCUGAUCCUCUCAACACCUCUGAGAAGGGCGAAGUCUCUCGGAUGUCCGUGAGGGAGAAGAAUUGGCCAGCCCUCCUGAUCUUGGUUGUCAUCCUGCUGACCAUUGGGGGGAACAUACUGGUAAUUAUGGCUGUGUCCUUGGAGAAGAAGUUGCAGAAUGCCACAAACUUCUUCCUGAUGUCGCUGGCAGUAGCAGACAUGCUGGUGGGUAUCCUGGUCAUGCCCGUGUCGCUCAUUGCAAUCCUGUACGAUUAUGCUUGGCCUUUGCCUAAACAGUUGUGCCCUAUAUGGAUUUCCCUAGAUGUGCUCUUUUCAACUGCAUCUAUCAUGCAUCUCUGUGCCAUCUCUCUUGAUCGGUACGUAGCAAUUCGCAAUCCCAUUGAGCACAGCCGCUUCAAUUCCCGCACCAAGGCCAUUAUGAAAAUUGCUGCAGUUUGGACCAUAUCCAUAGGGAUAUCUAUGCCUAUUCCGGUCAUUGGUUUGCAGGAUGACUCCCGGGUGUUUGUAAAUGGGACCUGCGUCCUUAACGACGAGAACUUCAUCCUCAUUGGAUCCUUCAUGGCUUUCUUCAUCCCUCUCAUCAUCAUGGUGAUCACGUACUGCCUGACUGUGCAGGUGCUGCAGAGACAGGCCACGGUGUUCAUGUGUGGAGAGGUGCCCAAGCAGAGGAGGAGCAGCGUGAACUGCCUCAAGAAGGAAAACAACACAGAGAACAUCUCAAUGCUUCACAAUCACGAGGGGGCAUCCCACUUGAACUCCCCUGUAAAUAAGGAGGCGGUGCUUUUCCGGAAAGGAACGAUGCAAUCCAUCAACAACGAGCGAAGAGCCUCCAAGGUCCUGGGCAUCGUCUUCUUUUUGUUCCUCAUCAUGUGGUGCCCGUUUUUCAUCACGAAUGUCAUGUCUGUCCUUUGCAAGGAAGCCUGCGAUAAAGACCUGCUGAGUGAACUCCUUGACGUGUUUGUUUGGGUGGGGUACGUGUGCUCCGGCGUGAAUCCCCUGGUGUACACCCUCUUCAACAAAACCUACCGCAGGGCUUUCUCCAAUUACAUCCGCUGCCAAUACAAGCCCGGUAAAAAAUCAGCACUGCAGCAGAAUCAGUGUCUGAAUGUGGCUUCAACAGCAUUAUAUGGGAAAGACCUGACUUUAACUAGUUAUCGAAAUGGCAAUGACUUCAAUAGCAUGGAACUAGACGAAGCUGAGGAGGGCCUUGAGAUGCAACCAGGGACUUCAGAGCUCUCCAUAAACAGCUGUAAUGUUGUAAGUGAACGAGUGAGCUGUGUGUAAAAGUGACUCUCACAGACCUUUGCUACGGUGUAUCUGUAGCCAAAAUAUAUUGUGUAAAAAUGUAAGCGUCGGUCAAAGGACAAUGUAAAUAUUGCAUUCUGAACAAAGCUUUGUUUUUUUUUUAAAGAGAAAAAAGAGUUGUCUUUCCAGUCCAGUACUUAAAAUAAUAUAUAUUAAUAUACUGCAGUGAAGUUUAAGGUUCUAUAUUUACUGUUAAUACUAGAUCAGAACUAUUAGUUACUUUGCAUAUGUCAUGGACAAAAUGUUUGAAUUCUUCUUCCAGUGCAUGAACAAAAAUGCUGAUUAUUUAUCUCAGGUGGAAUUUGCUGGAGUCCAGAAUGGCACGUUAAUAGUUAUAUAUCAAAUACAUGCUAUUAGACUUGGUCAGUAUAACUUUCUUUUUCAAGUUGACAGUAAAUAUAUACUUUA